AUGCCUGAUCAACUUAGUGUUCAAGAAUCCAGAAAAUGUGCAAGGGAGAAUGUGGAUAAAAUAAGAAAGUUGUUAUGGCGGUUACGAACAAUGUGGAUGAAUACGCUGAUGAAUGAUAGAAUAUGUAAGGAGCAAUUACGUCUAGACAAACGUUGUUAUGAGAAAUUGUGCAAUAUUUUACAAUCCAAGGGUGAUUUAGUGACUAAAAGAUAUGUUACAGUUAAAGAAAUUGUUGCAAUGUUUCUUCAUGUUCUUGCACAUGAUUUGAAAAAUAGAACAAUACAAGCAACCUUUGCUCGUUCUGGAGAGACUAUUAGUCGACAAUUUCACAUAGUCCUUAAAGCACAACUCAAGCUUGAAAAGUAUUAUAUAAACCAUGAGAAAGGGGACAUAAGCACCAGUGUUUUAGCUACAUGUGAUUCAAAUCUUCGUUUUACUUACGUUUUGCCUGGUUGGGAAGGUUCUGCUUCGGAUCCACGCAUUCUUCGUGAUGCUCUUCAAAGGCCUAAUGGUUUGAAGAUUCCUAGAAAUAAGUAUUUUCUUGUGGAUUUGGGAUUUGCUAAUGCUGAAGGUUUUCUAGCUCCAUAUAGAGGUACGAGGUACGAGGUACCAUUUGAAUUUGUGGAGAGGCACCACUCCAACAAAUUACAAAGAGGUUUUUAA